AUGCUGCUGCUCUUGUGGAUUCUCAUAGUAGUCCCUGCAUCCUUCUUGCAGCCUCCUGUGCCCCUCUCCCUGCCAGUCCACAUGUCGGUCAUCCCUCCUUCUUGGCAGUACCUUCCUCUGUUCCAAACAGAACUGGGACCUCUUUUCUCAAACUCCAGCCCCUUUUCCUUCUCCCAGAGCCUGUUCUUGGUGUCCCCACCUGGCCAGGGCCCCAGACCAGUCCUCCAGGCUUCAUUUGGCUCUUACUCAGUUACACAGGUAAGAGGAGAGGACCUGUCCUCUCUUUCUCCCCUUAUGUCUGCCUCUCUUCUGUCAGAGCAUGUGGAGAGAGAGAGGGAUGAGGGAGGGCAGGAGAGGUUUAGGGUGAGGAUGCUGUUCCACAAGCGGGGCGAUACCAGCACCCGAGGGACCUGUAUCACCUUGCAUGCCUUUAAAGAGACAGAGGAGCACAAGGGCUCCUGUAUCACACAGCCUCCUCUAGGGCUGUGCUUGGUAACUCUGACACUGCCCAGAGACUGGUUCAAGGAUCAACAUGGCAACCAAUCACAUCAGGAUUUUGACAAGCGGCACGGUAACAUCCACCCUCGUCACCAGGUGCAGAAGCGGGAACGACAGCGGGGCAGAUAUCAUCACAGCAACUCUAGGACUCCAAAAUUAUUGAAAGACCAUACAGGUGUUGAUCCGGAUACCCAGAGGAAUGUUCCACGGGCUCUCAGAUACCAACGGGGCCCUGUGAGAAACCAAAUACAAUUUUACUACUCCUUCAUCAACACAGUGGACGACCUACAGCUGACACCACUAGGAGUGGCUCAGUCCCAGAGGCAGCUCUUCCAUAUCAAAGCAUUGACACUGGAGAAGGAGGAGAAGGACAAGGAAAGAAAACAGAGCCGGACUAAAGAAGAGGAAACCUGUUUGAAUGGGCAGGAAGAGGAAGAGCUUGUCUUGGACUCCCAUGUCGUGAUUCGCCACCACAAGGGCCCGGCCCUGAUAGGACAGCCAAUCAGGGUGUCUGUGAAUCUGAGAGCCAACUUCAGUGCUGAGUUUGUUGUCUUAAGGCUGAAGAUGAGGAAGGGCUUGGUGUCAAUGGUGGCCCAGAGAACUCUGACCUCCGACCUGUGGGCAGUGACCCUGGAGAGAAGCCAACGCUCCAAACAUGAUGUUUUGUCCAUCCUUUGCCACAAACAGAGCACACUCAAGCACACAAACAAUCCCACUCUUCUCCAGCAGGUGGUGUGUCUAUCAGUCGAUGGCCUGAGGCAGAGUUUUGGUAUUGCCAUGACGGUGUCUGCAAACUGGUGGGUGGAGUACUCUGGGCGUAGUAACCCCAUAUCACCACAUGGGGCUGCAACAAGCAUGUUCUCAUUCACUGAUCGACACAUCUUUGGCAUCGCUCCCAUUACAGAGAGUAACACCAUCAUCAACACAGCCAUACUGACCAACCAGCCGGUGUCACUUCCUGUCAUUGUACUGGCCAUAAGUCGUGAUGGGAAGAUGUCAGAUGUCACGUCUGCAGUCACGUGCCACUCUACCAACGAGAAUACUGUCAAGGUGUCCAGCGAUUGCUCCACCAUCUUUGUGGACGGCAGUGAAUCAGGGUUGGGUAACACCUGUGCAAUGGUGGAGUUUCUACUGGGAGAGCUCAGUGGCUCUGUGUGUCUGGAGGUGUGGGCUCCUUCAGUUCCCCUGCGAGUGACCUUGGCAGACCCCGUUCUCAAUGCCAUCAAUGGCUGGAACCACUUCACAGAGGAAGGGUGUGUGCCGGUGUAUCAGCGUACCUCAGUACAAGUUUUGACUCAGUUCACAGCUCAAGACUCCCACGGCAGAACCACACACCUACUGGGCUCAUCUGAUUGGUUUGUGGAUGUUACAGACCUGGUCCAUAACUGGUUGAGAGUAGAUGACCCUCGAGUGGCUUCCCUUGGCACACAAGCCAACCUGAUUGGUUUACAACCCGGAAAGACAUCACUUUAUGUUAUCUCUGAGCAGUGGGAUGGUGUGCUGGGCAGAUGUGACAUCACUGUGACCUCUAACCCUGUUACCCCAGGGGACCUGUCUGUACAGGUGGUUAGCGGCCUUGGCAUGUCAGUUAUGGCCAGCCCAACCCACCCUUCCAUCAUCACAGCAACAGUGACAGCCUACAACAUCCUGUACAACCAUCACCAGGAGGCAUCCAUCAGUGUCUGGCUCCAGUUUAGUGACGACACUGCCUCCCUCCUCUCCUCCUUCAACGAUCUACCCUUUUUCCUGCGUCUCUCCUCAUUGGCUGACACUGUGAUUGUGGUGACGCCCGGCUCCAGCCAACGUAUCAUUGCCCAGGGUGACGGAGGUGGGCCUUUACUGCGUGCAGAACUACUGGUUUCAGCCUGCACAGACCAGCCAAUCACUUCCAACUCUCUCAGUGAAAGUGACAGGGAUUGGAAGGAUGGAGAAGGAGGAGGUGGAGGCAGAGGGACCAGGAGGCUGGCAAGAGGAUCUGGUUGGAUCAGAGUCAACCUAGACCUGGGCUUCCUGCAGCCAGUAGGGGACAAAGAUGAGCAGGGUAAAGAGUUUGAAUUUGACAUUUCAGACAUGCUGGUUGAGUCAGACAGUGACAUAUAUGCAUCAAACUUUGACGAGAACGAAAGUGGGAAUCUAAGCAGUGACUACUAUGACAAAAUCAGUGGAAUAAUGACUAAUAGAAACUGGAAUGAGUUGGGUAAUGGAGGGAUGGUAAGUCGGAACAAUCUGGAAAGGGCUGUGCUGAUGCCGAGCCAGGAGGAGGGUGCUGUGUACUUCUCCCCGAGCCAGGAGACAGGAGAGAGGAGGAAGAGGAUGAGGAAGGGCAGCGAGCUCGAGAGCUGGACGUCGGUGCGGGCGCUGUCCUCUCUGCUGUCUUGCUGCUGUCCUCUUCUGGCAAACUGUCUGCCCUGCGCCCUGCAAGACAGGAGGAGGACAACAAUAGAGGCGAAAGGGAAGGAGAACUAG